AACACGAUUCAUUCAUUGAAAUGCCGCCAAGUCGUGCAAUCGUGAACCGCGCUCUGCCUUGUCCGAAUGAACGAUAAGAGAAGCGCGCUCAAACAGCAAUAUAACGAACAUUCUAAGUUUAAAUGCGAAUUUGACAGUUGACAAAAAGUAAUGAUUUGAUUUGUGUCGUUUGAAAAUAUCUGUUGUGUUUUGUGUUGUUGGGAUUAUUUAAGUGUGGUGUUUUGUUGGAAAUGUUGUGGUGACGGGCAAUGCUUGUGGGAGAGCCAUCACCGGCGCCUCGUGUGGUGGCCGGCUUGCGAAAACUACACCCUGAAUUGACACCGGGCCCAUUCCCAACGCCUGCUGACCCAAAUCUUCGGAUUUCAGGUGUUCUCCGACAGUAUUACAACGAUGAUGCCGUGUCUUGGGCCUGGGUCCGCGUCGCCGUCCGAGGCGGGUGUCUCCUCGCCUGGAGAGACGGCACCCUGCCCCGCAGACCUGGCGCCAGGCUGCCACUACGGCACCUGCACUUGCGUGCUGCACCCGUUCUGCCCUACGCGUUCCAGCUGUCCAGAUUACGAGAUGACUCCACAGUCGCCACUUUUCAGGCUUGCAAUGCGACGGAAUAUGCCCGAUGGGUACGAGCGCUAUGCGUCGAGAUACUCGGCCAAACCCCGUUACCACAAGUCAGAUUUCUGGACGUGUUACCCGCUGCCUAUACAUGUAGUCGUCUGCCAAAGAAACCGCAUCAAGAGACACCUGUCUGUCCACCCAGACCACCUCCCAGAGCGCGACGGAGAUUGCUAACAGCCUCAGAGACCCAGUUGCCUCACAGAGAUCACUCGCCUGCAGCAACAGAUGAGGGCAUCGUCGUAGAAGACGACGAUUACGACUCAUCGUCCGACCGCAGCCUCGACUUGUCUCUAUCCCUUGACGCAAUGAAGACCAUAGACGUAGUCGAUGCUCCAAUACAGAAAGCAAAUAUUAUAAAAUGUGAUAAUUGUAGUAAACUUAAUGCUAGUCCACCCCAACAUAACACCUUGCCCCGAGCGAAAUCAAUAGACGCCGAAUUGGGGAGACACAGAUAUUUAAAACGCUGGGAGGGAUCCGGCGGUGGCGCUGACAGAGGCAGGUUUGCGAUGGAAAUGGCAAGAAGGAAAACGGCUUCAUUGGAAAGUCGGGCUAGAUCUUGUUCGCCGAACUCCCAUGAAAUAACAGCGAAGUACAUUCCCGUUAGAGAAAGACGAGCUUUGUUUGAGAGUCUUUCGCAGACGGGCGGAAGUUUGGCGCGGAGUAGCGAACAGCUGGCUCGGCCGGCCGCUGUGAGUGAGAGCACCCCCCGGCGUGCAGCCUCCCUGCACGACCUGCAGGCUCCUCCGACCAGGUCCGUGAGCGACCUGCGCCAGUUCUUCGAGGCGGUCGCGCGCGGCGCGGGUCCGUGCUCCGGUUUGCAAAGACAGAGUGCUUCAACACCCGCGCCGCGCGCUUUCGUGUCUCUUACCUGUGCCUGACCUUUGUUUGUAAAUAUUGUAUAGAAUCGCGUGGAUCGCUCACUAAGUCGUUUGUUGUAAGACUGUUAAAAGUAUUGUUAUAAAGUACCUAAUAUAAUUGAAAUGUAUUAACUCUUA